CCGAGCUUCUCCAUCGACACAAAUCCUCAAAGUCCACUUCUGCUCACAUAAAAGAAUCUUAAAUCGUGUUCAAGGAUUUACAAAAUCAGAGAGAAGGAAAUCAUGAGUUCAAGUAGCAGAGCUUGGAUCGUCGCUGCUAGCAUUGGAGCUGUGGAGGCCUUGAAGGACCAAGGAAUCUGCCGAUGGAAUCACGCAUUAAGAUCAGUAAAUCAACAUGUGACGAACAACGUCAAGUCAAUCUCUGCAGCCAAGAAGCUCUCUUCCCCAACUUCUGCUGCGGUUUCAAACAAGCUAAGAGAAGCCAAGGCGAAGCAAUCAGAGGAGUCUCUGAGAACAGUCAUGUAUCUUAGCUGCUGGGGUCCCAAUAAUUGAUCCAUUAGUCUGCAUAAACAGAAGAAGUUUCUUGAGUUGGGCUCUUGGUUCGGUUUGAAUGCCAAAAUUUUGAGAUAUGAAUGGCAAUUGACUUGUAAAUACGAAUGGCAAUAUACCUAUGAUACAACAAAAUUUAGAUGAAAUGUUUCUUUCGUAAA